AUAACCCCACUUUUGGCGUGAUUGAUGAUAAUUAAUCUGAUUGCCGGUGAUAAAGUGAUAAAUACACAAAUAUUGCCCAAAGAAUUUAUACCCAAGUGUCUUUCAUCCAUUCAUCUUCAAGGAAACUGGCCAGAAUUGAACUUUAUGAUGUCACCUACAAUUCUUAGUUAUAGAUUACUGCCUACUUUGAGAAAUCUUAGUAUUCAAAGAUCAAAACUUUUUCACACGAGUCAAUGCAGGCACCUAAUACCCAUUGUUGUAGAGCAAACUGGACGAGGUGAAAGAGCUUAUGACAUCUUUUCACGUCUUUUAAAAGAACGAAUCAUUUGUGUAAUGGGACCUAUCGAUGAUGGCAUUGCGUCCCUGGUUGUUGCUCAAUUAUUAUUCCUCCAGUCUGAGAGUAGCAAAAAACCUGUCCACAUGUAUAUCAACAGCCCUGGAGGAAGCGUAACAGCUGGCCUAGGAAUUUAUGACACAAUGCAAUACAUUCUUCCGCCUAUAGCUACCUGGUGUGUGGGUCAGUGCUGUUCCAUGGCGAGUCUUCUUCUAGCAGCAGGGACCCCUGGAAUGAGGCACUCUUUACCCAAUGCUCGAAUCAUGAUACAUCAGCCAUCUGGAGGAGCACGUGGACAAGCAACUGAUAUCCAGAUUCAGGCUGAAGAAAUUUUGAAAAUCAAGAGGACAAUUAAUAAUCUUUAUGUGAAGCACACUGGUCUUCCCCUCGAGUCAAUUGAUGUAUCGGACAAAUCUUCGAUGUUAAAGAUUAGAGACAGAUGUUUCCAGGUAAUCACAGAAUACAAUCAAGUAAAUAGUAACCAGAUCUAA